CAACCACCCCAUCGUCAAGACGGACUGUAGAGGACUGCACGCCGCGCAACGACAUGACAUGACGAAUGGCAUUUCCGCCGCGAUAGAGCGACGAUGGAGGAAGGGGGACCGGAGAAGCCAUUCUUUCGCCUUCGAUUGAUCAACAUUGAUCAUGUUCUCACGCGUCCCAGCUUUUUGGAUAGGACAGAGUGCGCCUUCAAUGCACCUGGCCAGCCUCUCAAGCGUGUUCCUGUUCUUCGUGUCUUUGGCGCAACGCCUUCAGGUCAGAGGAUCUGUGCACACUUUCAUGGCGUAUUUCCCUACUGCUAUGUGGAAUACAAAGGUAGCCUUGAGCCCGAUCGAGUGCUCAGGUACAUCCAUCGCCUGGGAAAAGAGCUCAAUGUUGCAAUUGCAGCCUCUCUGCGAAGAAAUGCCGAUGAUGCGGAUCAAACGCAGUUUGUAGCAGCUAUCCACCUCUGCAAGGGCGUCCCUUUCUAUGGCUACCAUGUCGGCUGGCGUUAUUUUCUCAAGAUCUCCUUCGUAGACCCAGCCAUGAACGUGCGCAUCGCAACCAUUCUCCAGUCCGGAAAGGUGAUGGGAACCAGCUUUCAGCCUUACGAGAUCCACAUUCGGUACCAGCUGCAGUUCAUGCUCGACUACAAUCUCUUCGGCUGCAGCUACAUCGACUUACGUCGCCUCUUCUUUCGAAAGCCUCUUCCUGCUACAGAUCCGUAUCGAUCGCAGGAUAACAGCACCGAGCUUAGUGCUGAGCAGACAAAACGCUGGGACGAAUUAGUGAUCCCGCGAGAGUUGGUGCAAGAAGAUGAGGUCCAUCGCAACUCUUUCUGCGAGCUCGAGGCCGACGUCCACUGCGCAGACAUUCUCAAUCGAUCGGCGCUUCGGGCUCGCAGCAUGCACCACAAUUUUGACGAGCGUGACGACCUCGAAGGUAGUGAGAAACUCGUGCCUAGCUUGACAGGUCUGUGGGAGGAGGAGCAACGUCGUCGGCUCAAGGCUGGCCUCAACCCGACCGUACCGAAGCCUGAAUCGCUAGGAGAAAAGAGGCAGCUCCGACACGGCGAUGCUCCUAAGUGGCUUGCCGAGGAUCGCAUGCGUGCUGCUCUGGACGCUCGUUUAAAUCUUGAAAAGCAAAAGAUGCAUGCCGAUGACCGUCACAGGACGACAUUCACCAAGCUGCACCCAUUUGACUCUCACAUUGUGACUACUUUUGAGAGUGUCAAUGUCCUCCACGGUACCUACACCGGAGCUCCUUCUGCGCGCACCUCGCACCGGUACGAUCUUGAAACCCAGGCGCCGGACGCUGAUCAGAAUCUAUACGAUCUUGAGGCAUCGCUCUCUCAGCCUUCGCAUUCUUCCAAGUCGCCAGGCGCUGAGGAGGAGGCGAAGUGGGACGUAGACGAGGGUUUCUUCCUGAGUCAGGCUUUUCAGCAGGACAUGAAGGAAGCAGAGGCUCAGCAUCGAAAAGAGGAGAGAGCCAACGACGAUUCAGAAGCGGAAGAAGAGGAAGUGGCUGCAAGGCGACGAGCGGAGGAGAAAAGGAAGGUCGUUGAUUUGGAGCCAGAAGUGGUGCCCAGCGAGCCAUCGACACCAUUUUCAAGCCCAUUUACCACCCCGACAAAGAGAGCAACGCCAAAGCAAGGGACCCCGAUUCGGAAAAAGCAAGGCUCUGAUGAACAGUCAGUCUCUUCUGACUGGCGAGAGCGGACAACCUCGAACAGUACAAACGCACAAAAGACGCCGCGUGUCCGCUUCGCCGACAGUGAUGAUGGAAAGCCACUUCAGUACUCAAGCGAGUCCUCAAAAUCUAUUUCGCGUCUCAGCGGCUCCUCGAGUGCUCAUAGUCGCUCGUCCACCGAAGGAGCAGUGUCUUCGUGCUUCAGAUUGAAUCGGUGGAGAUACAAGGUGCCCGCUCCGACAGUGGGAGAAGUGACCCAGUCCUUCCCUUACUUCGGUCUCCCAACCGCCGAGUACAAGGAUCCUUACUUCAGUGACCCCGCGGACGUCCCAAAGACUCGCGAGUACGCAGGUCGGACAUUUACAUUCGCUUCGACGUCUUUAGCAUUUCUGCCCGCCUUCGAAGGAGGCGAUUUCGCGAAAAAGGAAGAGGACAAGGGAAGUGUGGAGAUUAACAAGUGGGAGUACGACAAAGCGCCGCCCACGAGGCUUGAAGUGGCGUUCUGGGCUGUUGUUGAAGAAGCAAAAACGCGAAAGCGGUCAAAGCAGCGUCGUCGACGGCUUCUGACCCAGAAGGCAGCCACGACACAGCCAAGAGACUUUGGCUUCAAGCUCAGCCAAAGGACCCACACGAGUCUGGUGGAGCGGGAAAAACAGCACAUGACGGUCUUGGCCGUUGAAGUCAUCGCAUGCACUAGAGGAAAAUUGAUGGCCGAUCCAGCGUUUGACCCGGUGAUGGCUGUCGCAUACAGCUUUCAGCACGAGGACGAAGCGCUCGAAGACACCGGAUCGCGCCCAGGUUUACGAACAGGCAUCAUUCUAUUAAAAGAUGAGGCGAACCCAAUCGUCGCCUCACGCCUGGGGCUUGGGCGUCUGGCUAUCGAGGAGGUCGACUCUGAGCUGGAGCUUUUUAAUGCACUGAUCGACCUCGUGCGCAUAUACGAUCCAGAGAUACUCGUGGGCUGGGAAAUUCAUUCGGGGUCGUGGGGCUAUCUUGUCGAACGAGCCUCGCGGGAAUUUGACUAUGAGAUCAUUCCCGAGCUGGGCCGGGUCAAUAGCCACUCGACUGGAAGCAAGCAUGACCAUUACGGUGCUACUCAGACCUCGGCGCUGCGUGUCACGGGUCGCCAUGUCCUCAACAUCUGGCGACUGAUGCGGUCCGAGCUGACGCUCAAUCAGUACUCAUACGAGAACGUCGUCUUUCAUCUGCUCCGUCGCCGCGUCCCCAGGUUCUCCUUUCAGACGAUCACCUCUUGGCUUCGCUCUGGCCGUCCCGAAUUGCAAAAGAGAGCCUUUACCUAUUGGCUGGAAAAGGUCGAAACAGACCUGGAAGUCCUAGAAGCUUCCGAGCUCAUCUUCAGGACAGCUGAGUUCGCGAGAAUCUACGGCGUCGACUUUUUUUCCGUCAUCAGCCGAGGAAGUCAGUUCAAGGUCGAGAGCGUCAUGUUCCGCAUCGCAAAACCAGAGAGCUUCGUUUUGCCCUCCCCGAGCCAGCAGCAGGUGGGCACGCAAAAUGCCGCUGAAGAUCUGCCGUUGAUAUUGGAGCCGCUAAGCGCCUUCUACAAAGGACCGCUCCUCGUCUUGGACUUCCAAAGCCUGUACCCAUCCAUCAUGAUCGCCUACAACAUCUGCUACUCGACAUGCCUUGGCCGCGUCAGCAAAUUCCGCGAUACAUGGAAGCUUGGCUUUACCGAGCAUGCACCUCCUCUUGGUCUCCUUCCGAUGCUGAUGGACAAUUGCUUCGUCUCACCCAACGGCCUGCUAUACGUCAAGCCAAAUGUGCGAAAGAGUUUGCUUUCAAAGAUGCUCACCGAGAUCCUCGAUACACGGGUCAUGGUCAAGGGAUCGACGAAGGGCCACAAGAGCGAUCGAUCCUUCAUGCGACUCCAGAAUGCUAGACAGCUUUCGCUGAAGCUUCUCGCAAACGUCACCUACGGCUACACGAGCGCUUCGUUUUCCGGACGAAUGCCAUGCGUCGAGGUGGCAGACUCCAUUGUCCGGUACGGUCGCGAGACGCUUGAAAAAGCCAUCGAACUCAUCCACGGCACGCCCGAGUGGGGUGCACAGGUCGUCUAUGGCGAUACUGACAGCCUCUUCAUCUACUUGGAGAACCGGACAAAGGACGAGGCCUUCAUCGUUGGUAAUGCGAUUGCAGACGCAGUCACGGCCUGUAACCCACCGCCAGUGAAGCUCAAAUUUGAGAAGGUGUACCUGCCCAGCGUCUUGUUGGCAAAGAAGCGCUAUGUCGGCUUCAUGUACGAGACGCCGGAGGACAAAGAGCCCGUGUUCAAUGCCAAGGGCAUCGAGACCGUUCGCCGGGACGGGUUUCCUGCGCAGCAGCGCAUGGUCGAAGCAUGCAUUCGAAUGCUUUUUAGAACCCAGGACCUGUCGCUAGUCAAAUCUUACUGCCAGAGGCAGUGGCGAAAGAUCAUGGAAGGCAAGGCGUCGAUACAAGACUUUGUAAUCGCCAAGGAGGUCAGAUUGGGAAGCUAUAGCGAGAAUGGAGUUCCACCGCCCGGCGCAGCCUUAUCUGCUAGGAGGAUGCUGUUGGACAAGCGAAGUGAACCACAAUAUGGCGAACGGGUACCCUACCUGAUCCGACAGGGCGAGCCCCGGUCGAGGCUGAUCGAUUUGGCCGUCUCGCCCGAAACGAUGUUGCAGGACGUCGGCUGUCACUACCACGCCAUUUACUACAUCACUCGAGGUCUGAUCCCUCCCUUGGCCCGAGUUUUUAAUCUGCUCGGAGCCGACGUCGAGAGCUGGUUCAAGGAGAUGCCGAGGGUGGUGCAGACUAAUCAUCAUCUUGCCGCCCUGAUGGCGCCGACAAGCGACACCACCGAGCAUUCCUCCCCUUCCCGGAGAGCGGCCAGGAACACGUUGACGAGCCACUAUCGGACAGAACAUUGCCUCGUGUGCUCGAGGACAUCGGACCAGGAGAUUUGCAUCGAUUGCCGGGAGAAUUCCGUCGAAACGACAUUUACGCUUCAGGCGAGGUUGCACGCGCAUGAAGCGCGAGCAUCGGCAAUCGCCAGGGUCUGCGCCUCGUGUGCCUCGAUGGAGGUGCCGGGAUGCAAUACGCCCUGCAUCUCGACCGACUGCCCGGUUCUGUACGAGAAGGUAAAGACGAUGAAUCAUGUGCGCGCUGCCGACGCUUUGUUGCAGCGCCUCGAGAAGUCGAAACAGAGUGCAGCUGAGGAUGACGCUGCACCAUCAGUUGAUUGGUGAAACGUCUUGGGCAAUUGUAAAUCUAUAUCACUUUGCAUUGU